AUGGCGACGCCAGUCCAGAAAUUGCACUAUUUAAAAGGUGCUCUCACCUUAUCAGCUUCAGAAUUAAUAUCUAGUAUAAGUGUCACAAAUGAAAAUUAUGCAGUAGCAUAUGAACUUGUAAUUAAAACUUACAAUAAUCAAUUUUUAAUUGUCAAUGCUCACUUGCAGAGCAUUGAUAGCAUACCUGUAAUACAAAAGGGCAGUCAUGAGAGGUUGAGAAUUCUUUUAAAUAGUGCAAGACAACAAAUUCAGUCAUUGAAAGCCUUCUUUGAGCCUGCAGCACAUUGGGACAUUAUCUUAUUGCAUAUGUUGUGUAGGAAGCUUGACAGUGGGACAAAAGUGGCUUGGAAUCUGUCUCGGGCGUCAGGGCAGUUAAAUUCUUUAGUGGAGUUCUUCACAUUUCUUGAACUCCGGGUAACAGCCUUGCAGAAUUCGUGUAGCUCAGGCAGCAAACCAACCACCAAGUCUGUUCAUACAAUUGUUAAGAAACCUACACAACUGUGUAGUUAUUGCAAAAAUGAGGACCAUGUGCUGUAUAAAUGCUCUACUUUUAAGGCACUGGAUGUAAAAGCACGUAAGUUUUUUAUUAAUAAAAAAUCGAUUUGCUCUCGUUGUUUGGCUUCUCGACAUAAUGUGGCUAAAUGUAAAUUUAGAUAUGAUUGUUCAAAGUGCAAAGAGUCGCAUAAUACUUUGCUACAUGAAGAACCUGAGCCAAUGCCCAGCACUUCAAGUAGUACUGUAUGCAUGGCAAAUAAUACGGGGAUGCAAACAUUAUUAUCUACGGUUUCUCUCAUUGUUAUGGACACCGACGGAACCCAACAUAAGGUGCGAGCGUUGUUGGACAGUGGGUCACAAAUCAACUUAAUUACUUCCUCGUUGUUAGCAAAAUUGAAAUGCCCGGUUAGUUCAUCUCUGCAUAAACUGAGUAUGUUACAGGGGCAGACUGUUUUGUGUGACAAGGCUGUUAAGUUGACAAUAAGAUCUAGAUUAGGGUCCUUUGCUCGUACUAUUAAUUUUGUAGCUGUUGACAGGAUCACCCAGUCUCUGCCUUCUGCGUUUAUAGAUUAUGAUAACUGGAAGAUUCCAGAUAAUGUUGAUUUAGCGAACCCAAUGUUCAAUGUUCCAGGGGAACCACCUACCUAUCCUAAGAAAGAGCUGCUUUGGUUGGCUGAUCUCAGGGACCUGCAUAACAGUCUGACCAGGUUUUGGCAGUUGGAGGAGGUAUCCUCUAACUAUACAAUGACCGGGUCUGACAAGUUAUGUGAGGAUCAUUUCCUCUCUAAUGUUUCACGGCUUGAAAAUGGUCAAUUUGAAGUAGCUCUACCCUUUGUAGAUGGCAAAAUUGAAAAACUAGGAUCAUCGUAUUUAGGUGCAAAACAUAGGUUUUUGAAUUUAGAGAGGCGGUUUUCUAAAGAUAGUAUUUUGUUUGCAGCAUAUUCACGGUUUGUGAAUGAAUACAUUAAACUAGGGCACGCUGAGCAGAUAUCACUUACUCAGGAUGAAGUAAUUCAAAAUAAUUUAUAUUUCUUGCCACAUCACCCUGUUGUGAAGGAUAAUAACUUCAAUAAGAUUAGAGUAGUUUUAGAUGCUUCGGCGAAAUCUUCCUCUGGUGUCUCGUUGAAUAAUAUUCUUCACACUGGCCCUAAAUUGCAGCAGGAUUUGUUUUCUAUCUUGGUUCGAUUCAGGUGCCAUCAGUUUGUUUUUGUGGCAGACAUUGUGAAAAUGUAUCGCCAAAUAAAAGUUAAGGAUACUGAUCAGUUAUAUCAGUUGAUCUUAUGGAGGGAGUCACCCCAGGAAACCUUAAAGAUUUUCAAACUCACCACGGUAACAUAUGGCACAGCUAGUGCUCCGUACCUGGCAAUGCGCUGUUUGAAGAUGCUGGCGCAAAAUUAUGCGUCAACAUUUUCACAGGCAGCACAAGUGCUAGAUACGUACUGCUAUGUUGAUGAUAUCAUUACAGGUGCUGAUAAUGCGGAUUGGUUAAGAUACAAAGGGAAGUUGUACAAUUGUUAG